AUGAGCGAGGCACCAGGAGCCGGGACAGGAAAGCUGAGCAUUUCCUCCAAAUCGGACCCGGAGCAUCCCUUGGCACCUCGCGCUCCCAUCGCCAGGUUCUACACAGCCCUGGUCACGGGAGACCUGAGGAGCCUGCAGGUCCUGACUGAGAAAUACCACCAAGAUGUCAGCCUGGUCUUUGAGAUCAGUAGGAGCCAGCUGGAGUGGCAGGUGAAAAGCCAAGCCUCUUACGGACUCUCCGGGCUGUGGGCGCUGCAGGAGAAGCUGGAGCUGAGCACCCCCCUGUGCCUCGCCGCCCAACACGGCCACCCCGACUGCCUGCGGCACCUCCUGCGCCGCGGGGCCGACCCCGACCUGGCCCCCGGGGCACAGGGACCCCUGCACCGGGCCUGCCUGUGGGGGCACAGCGACUGCGUGGAGCUGCUGCUGGAGCACAGGGCCCAGCCCAACGCGCAGAGCGAGCAGGGCACGGCCCCGCUGCGCCUCUGCACCUCCCGCCACUCCCUGCGGUGUGCCGAGCUCCUGCUGCUGCACGGGGCCGCCGUGGAGCUGCCCAGCGAGGCGGGCGGGGACAGGGCCCUGCACGUGGCCGCCAGGCACCGUCGGGAGACGGCGCUGGGCAUCCUCUGCGGGCAGGCCCCGGGCGCGGGAGACCAUUCCCGGCAGCUUUUCCAGCUGCUGGUGGCCCACGGCGCCGACGUGGACGCCCGGGAUGAGAGCUGGAGGAGCCCCUUGCACCGGGCGUGCGGGGCGGCCAACGCCGAGCUGGUGCGGCUCCUGCUGCGGCGCGGCGCCGACGCCAACGCCAUCGACUACGACGGCGUGUCCCUGCUGCGUCCCCACCUCGCCGUGCAGCUGCUGCUCAACCACGGCUCCCAGAAGGUUUGGCCCCCAGCCUUCGUCAAGGUGCUGAAAUCCUGCGCGGCCGUGCCGGAGGUCAUCGAGGUCCUCUUCUACUCCUACUCCCAAAUCCCGGUGUCCCAGGAGUGGGCCGAGGCCGUGCCCCCUGAGGUGUUCCAGCAGCACCGGCCUUUCUACGAGUCCCUGCUGGGGCUGGCGGGCACGGCCCGGAGCCCGCAGCACCUGUGCCGUGCCACCGUCCGGGCACAUUUUGGGAACAAGUGCCAUUCCCUCAUCCCCCUGCUGCCCGUGCCCGGGGCUCUGCGCGACUUCCUGCUGCUGGAGCGCCAGGGAGUGCUGCUCUGA